CGGGGAUUCGGGGGGUGUAGAUGGAGGCGGGGGGGCUCCGGUGGCCGCUCUGCCCCUGCCGCCUCCAUGCAGGGGAUGGGGACGCUGCGGCUGGGGAGCCGCGCCGUCAUGUACACGGCCGAGACCCUCCCCAAGGGCAAGAACCGAGUGAUGGGGACCAUCCAGAUCAUGACCGGCUUCAUGCACAUCGGCUUCGGGAUCGUCCUGACCACGCUCACCAACGUCUACACCUCGGUCUUCGUCAUCGGCGAGAUCCCCUUCCUGGGCGGCGUGUCUUUCAUCAUCUCGGGCUGCCUCUCCAUCGGGGCAGAGAAGAGCCCCACGGAAUGCGCGGUGAAAGGCAGCCAGACCAUGAACGUCAUCAGCGCCAUCUUCGCGCUGCUGGGCAUCGUCGCCUUCAUCGUUGACCUCAACCUGAAUGGGCUGUACCGCUCUGGCUUCGACUACUACAGCUAUCUCGUCCUGCUGAGCCUGGGUUCUGCUGAUGGUGCUUUCCCCACCCUGGAGCUCGCAGGGAACGGUAUCUCCAUUGUGCUGCUCAUCUUCACCAUCCUGGAGUUCUGCAUUGCUGUUGCCACUGCCAAUUUCUGGUGCCGGGCGACCCGCCUGAGCUCCAAUGAGGCCAUGCUGAUUGUGCCCAGCGCCACACGGGCAGACUUGGCCGUGCCACCGGCAGAGCUGCCGCAGCCACCCAGCUACACCGAGCUGGUCGCCCCUGAAGUGUAGUCAGGCCCUGAGGACGUCCCUGAGAGGGGCACUGGGUCCCCUCAGUGCGCCCGAAGCCACCCGCAGCCGGUGCCCAGACCAGGGCCUUCAGCAUCCCCCUCUCACCACGCUGUGGGCUGGGGUGUGCUGGUAGCCCCCAGCCCCACCGCUGAGCUUGCCCCCUUCCCUCCUGCUUGCCGGUGGAUCUUGGCUCACCCCUGUCCCUGGCUCACCCUUAUGGGGGGCUACUUGUGCCUGCCGGCUGCGCUGGGGGGCUCCGCAGGGUGCGCUGGGCACGGGCUGGGGGCCUGGACCCGCCGGGGGCAGCGGCGCUGCUGCUAGCUUGGAGGCUGUGCAGCAGCCGGACUCUUUCUGCGUCGGCUCAUACUGCUCCGGCUUUGUUAUAUCUUGGAAAUAAAUACUGAGGCCAGG